UUUCCCUCUGCCACCUAGCACAUGCUGCUCCUUAAAUAUGUUAAAACCUAUCUACCGCUCCUGCCUGACCUCGCUACCCACUACGAUAACCCGGCGUGCCAUUUCAACUACUGCGAUGACCCAAACCACCCUGGCCACCACUUUGCAGGGAGACUCCAAACCCGCUUACAGUCGGUCUACCGGAUUGGAUCCAUUUACAUACACGAGCGGACACUGGCUCAAAAACGAUAAACUGCAACGGGAAGCGCGUCACAUCGAGUUCGACUUUGCGGCUCUGUGCAAAAAGGCAAUACAGGCAUGUCCUGGCGCUAAUAGAAUUGCCAGACAGGAGAAGAAGGAAGGCACCUACAACAGAGCCUUUCUUUUACAUAUGGACAAUGGUGCUACGGUUGUGGCAAGAGUCCCAUUCCGAGUCGCCGGUCCUAGAAGAUUGACGACUAAUUCUGAAGUAGCGACUAUGGCCUAUAUUCGUGCUCACACCUCCGUUCCUGUACCGAGAGUCAUUGACUGGAACGACGACCCUGCCAAUCCCACUGGCACUGAGUACAUAAUUAUGGAGCAUGCCUCGGGGGCCCAGCUACAUGAAAAAUGGAACAUGAUGAAUACACUUCAGCAAAUGCUGUGCGUCAAGUCCGCAGCCACGGUAGUAAAGGAGAUGGCAAAACUGCAGUUUCCGGCAUACGGAAGCUUGUACUUUGCCGAUGCCCCAAUCAAUCCAUCGUUAAAACUGGACUUGUCCAACGGAUUCUGCAUAGGCCCGCAUUGUGCGACCCAAUAUUGGUGCUUGGAACCCGGAGAAUCUCGCUAUUACGAUAGGAGGAAACCAAACCAGGGACCGUGGACAGAUGCGUUAUCUUAUUGUUCUGGCCUAAUAGACACGGGCUUUUCACGAAUACCUUCCACGGACCCCGCGGGCGGAACAUCUUCUAGUAGAAUCACCCAAGACCAUCUACAUCUAUUAGAAGUCAGCGAACAAGUUGUGAAAGAGGUCAUCAAGAGCCCGGUUAUUCAGAACGUCUCCGCACCAAUGCUCCUGCACCCCGACUUCCACAAAAGGAACAUUUUCGUAUCCAAUGACGACCCCACCCGCCUAACUGCUGUGAUUGACUGGCAAUCCGCUGGGGUCGAACCAGUGUUCUCUUUCGCGAACGAGACGCCGGAUAUGGUUGCCGAUCGUACAAUCGACAUGCCCCUUUUUGAAGACGAGCCGGACACGUCACCUAAUCAGACGCAGAGCUCACACGACAAAACACGCGAAAAGGAAAUCUCUAUCUGUGAGCAAACUUUCGAGGUUGCCUUGAAAGGUUGGGUGCCCAAGUUGCACGAUGCCCGGGCUCUUGACGAGACACUACUCAGGCCGAUACGAUACUGCCAUACAUCCUGGAGAGAUGGUGCAGCUGCGCUCCGUCAAGAACUCAUUGAAUUGUCUCAGCGUUGGAAUGAACUGGGGCUCCCGAAUUCAUGCCCCUACCAGCCAUCUCCGCAGGAGCUCAUUAGGCACGCGAAAGAGUGGGAGGAUUUCGAAACCUUUCAAAGCCUCAAACUGUUCCUCGUUCGCUCCAUCAAUUCGAACACCGACGGUUGGGUGCCCUCCGCAGCCUGGGAAGCAGCCAAAGACGCUAAUCAAUCGGUCUUUGAGGAAUGGAUGCAGACCGCGGCUCAAUCUGAGGACCCUGACGUGAACGAAGAUCGAGGGAGGAAGCUGUGGCCAUUUGACGUCAACAUUGACGGCUGAUGCCAAAGUGCCACACGUGCAUUCUUCCCAGGUAAAUAAUCGUUAGGAGGGUAAUCAGCCGAGAAUAAGCGAGUAGCAAUUCGCCAGCACUCAGAAUACGGAGUAAUCUGGUUCCAUUAGUACUUUGAAGCGGUCUUGGAUAUCGCUCGUCGCCGAUGUGUUUGCCAAUCAUAUAUU